UCUUUUCUUUUUUAUUUUUAGUCGAAAAAAUUCAAUGGGACUUACAGUUGCUUUGGAUGACAAUGGGGCUGCUCAAGGACUUCUUUAUUGGGAUGAUGGAACAACAAUUGAUGCAUAUGAGAAAGGACUUUACCUCUUACACACAUUUAAUGUCAGUCAGAAUGUCUUGGAUAUCAGGAUUGCCCAUCAAGGAUAUUUUGACCCAAAUAACUUAAAGUUUGGUGAAGUAAAAGUCUUAGGGGCCCAAUUCAACUCCUCUCAAAGUGUGGUUGUACUUCAGAAUGAUGCAGUCAUUCCAUCUCCUCACAAAGUGAUAUAUAGCUCUACAAAACAGGUAAGGAAACAAUAAUUUUAGCAUUAAGAAAAGCAUAGGAGAAUCACUGUUCUAUUAGACCAACACUUUUUGAUAUUCAGAAUCCAGUUUGCCACAGCAACAGUGGUGGGUUGAAAGUGAUACGCCCCAGUACGGUGUACCAGAGCCUGCCCGGAGCACCAGAUACCGUUCCGGUAUGGUGCUCUGGAGGGCCCACUCUGCCCGAGCUCCUUACCUGUGCUUUAAGCCUCUGGCGCUUCCGCACAGGGCACAUACGGCUGAGCAGCUGGAGCGUCGUG